AAUCCAGUCCCUUUUUGCCUUAGAUUUCAACCAACAACAAACAAACUGUUUUGCCUUUGUUCUAUCUAACUUCAAACAGAUUUUCUGAAUCCAGAAUCUAAGUAUGGGUCGUUUAUGGACUUUGCUUUCAAACCUUCAUUCAUUAGCCGGGCCUCUGGUGAUGUUGCUGUAUCCCUUAUAUGCAUCGGUGAUAGCAAUAGAAAGUCCAGGCAAGGAUGAUGAUGAACAGUGGCUCGCUUAUUGGAUUUUGUAUUCAUUGCUGACUUUAACAGAGAUGGUGUUUCAAUCAGUCUUGGAGUGGAUACCAAUUUGGUACUCGGUGAAGCUGGUGUUGAUGGCAUGGCUGGUGUUACCACAGUUCAGGGGGGCGGCUUUCAUAUAUGAAAGGUAUGUGAGAGAGCAAAUGAAGAAAUAUGGGAUUUUGAGAGAUCAUCAUCAUCAUCAUAGCGGUUCUCCAGAUGGAAAGGGCAAGAAGAAGUUUGUUCAGUUCAUAGUCCCCAAGAAAGGGGAGCAGGAAGCUUACUGAGGAAAAGGGUGGAUCAUGUGUUCUUUGCUUGCUUCACACUUGAGCUUUUCCUGGGUGGUUGUAAAUGCUUACCCUUUUUACAAGUUUAUGGGUUUCAGAUCUUUGAGUGCAUGUAAUGAUUAGGAACGAAUAUUUUAUGAAAAAAGCUUAUUGUUCAAGUCUCAAAA